CACAGUAAACUAGGAACGAGGUCUACUACUAAGAAACUACAAGAAAAUCACAAAUAUUUGCUUAAUUCCACUGACGACACUUACGUACAUAAUGUACACGUUUCGUUUACCGCAGCUAUGUUCAUGAAGAAUCAUUGAAGAUAUUAUUUAGCGAACACAACAUACAUAUUCAUAGUGCCAAACACAACAACGAUAGUACAAUUCCAUCAUCACAAACAUGGGAUUGUAUAUUUAAAUUAAUAAAUAGAAUAGCUCCGUGUCUAUCUUUACGGCUCAACACAACGACUGAUAACAAUUUAAAUGUAUAUUCAUAAACAAUUAUCGUCACUUAAUAAUGAAUAUUUAAAUAAACUGUACGACUCUUGAAUUUUAACUGCGCUGAGAAGUCAGUCAGAAUACCAAUCGAGGCUCGUUAGUGUGUUUGCACACAGCGGGCUCUCGGUUUGCGCUCGUCUCGACAAAGUCGGAGCGGCGCGCACCGAGCCGAGUGACAACGUGCACACGAGACGCGAUCUCCUCGACCGCUUUAUAACAACGCUACCGCAAUCGAACAAGUCAGUAUCCAACUGGUAUCUGCUUAUUCAAAGCGCUUCAAACAAACUACUAAACUUACCUCCAACUGUGCAACAAUGGCUCCCAUCGAGAAGAACGAACAAACCAAAUACCUGGAAGGCGACAUCAAGGCAUCGGCUCUGGAUCUGAUUGGCAACACACCCAUCGUGGCAUUGGACCGCCUUUACACCGGCCCCGGACGCAUUCUGGCAAAAUGUGAGUUCAUGAAUCCUGGUGCAUCAAUCAAGUGCCGCUCAUCUCUGAGCAUGAUUAACCGUGCUAUUGCAUCUGGUGAGCUGAAACCUGGUGAACCCGUGGUGGAAAUUACCUCCGGCAACCAAGGCUGCGGUCUGGCUGUGGUGUGCGCUGUGUUGGGACAUCCUCUGACACUUGCAAUGUCCAAAGGUAACAGCGCUCAAAGGGCACUCCACAUGGAAGCUCUCGGCGCGAAAUGUGUUCGAGUAGAUCAAGUUGAGGGCACUUACGGAAAUGUAACUUACGCCGACGUUAAAGCUGUUGAAGAGGUUGGCAUGAAGAUAGUAGAGGAACAGAAUGCGUACUUCGUUAACCAGUUCCACAACGAGGCCAACGCUGACGCUCACUACAAGAGCACAGGUCCCGAGAUCUGGAAGCAGACUGGACACCACGUAGACGCUUUCGUAGCGACAGUGGGUACCUCUGGUACAUUUGCUGGCACCUCAAGGUAUCUGAAGGAGCAAAACCCUGACAUCAAGACAUACGUCGUGGAACCAGCUGGUGCUGAAGCUAUUGCGGGAUGUCCAAUCACGAAACCUCUUCACUUGCUGCAGGGAUCAGGAUAUGGUUGGAUUCCUGAUUUGUUCAAAUUUGAACAUAUGGAUGGCACACUGAGUGUGACUGAUGAGGAGGCAGUGAAGUACAUGAAGUUGAUCGGUGAGAAGGAAGGUCUGUACGUGGGCUACACCAGCGGUGCCAACGUGGCGGCUGCUGUCAAGCUGCUGGAGUCAGGACUCAUCCCUGAGGAUGCGUGGGUGGUGACCCUACUGAACGAUACGGGUCUUAAAUAUACACCCGUGCCUGAAGAAUUAUUCAAGUGAGAAGUAUUACAAUUAUUUCUAUGUUAGAUUAUAUUGUAAGGAGUUUAAAAAAAGUGAGUUUAAAUUAUUUUUUAAGAUAAUUAUUUAAUAGUAUUGUGAUUACUUGUGAUUCAAAAAGCAAGUUGUAGUUUUAAGUUAUUCAUUAAGUUAUUGUUAAUUUUGAUAAAAUAUUAUUGUGAUGUUUGUGUUAGUUUACUAUUUUUAUAUAAUGUGAUGAAUUACCAUGAUAUUAAAAUUACUUUCAUUGAUAUUAUUUAGAGUAAUUGGUGCAAUAUGUUUUAAUAAUGAUAAUUAUUUAAAUCUAGUACAAUGUAUUGUAUGGUAAUUAUCGUGAUAAUAAAUAAAUAAUUAUUUUUGUGUUAAA